CGGCCCCCGGGUGGGGCAGGUGGAGGGAGCUCAAGGUAGGACCCUCCCUCCGAAGCCCCCCGGGAGCGAAGGCGCAGCAGCUGCCCCAGCUCCCGAGCAGGCGGGGAUGCGCAGGGCGGGGGUCACGUCGUCCCGGACCGGAGCCGGAGCGAGUCCCCGGUACUGCUGCACAUACAAAUCUAGUGUGGCCAAGGAAAUCGAGCCAUUUCGGAAUCAUGGGAGUGUUGAUGUCUAAACGGCAGACAGUGGAGCAGGUUCAGAAGGUGAGCCUGGCUGUGUCAGCUUUCAAGGAUGGGCUACGGGAUAGGCCUUCUCUCCGGCGUACAGGUGAAUCAGCUGGUUCUCGGAGGGGCACUGUGGAGCACUCUGUCCAGGAAGUACAAGAGGAGGAUGAGCCGGAGAUAGUGGCCGCUGUCCCACAGGAAGAGAACACUGUCAACAAAGCAGCCUGGGAACGGCUAAGGGAUGGCCGUGGGGUAGAACCUGAGGAGUUUGACCGUGCCAGUCGUUUCACACCACCUGCCUUUAUCCGACCUAUUCGGGAACUAAAUGAUGACAAGCCACUUGAUAUCUGCUUGGAACCAAGAGAAUCUGUUAUCAGUGAUGAGAUGUGUGAGAUUUGUGAGGUAUGGACUGCUGAAAGUCUCUUCCCGUGUAGGAUCUGCACAAGGGUUUUUCAUGAUGGCUGCUUGCGCCGCAUGGGCUAUCUACAAGGAGACAGCACAGUGGAAGUGACCGAGAUGGCUCACACUGAAACAGGCUGGAGCUGUUACUAUUGUAGCCUCUCUUUGUCACUUUCAAACAAGAGGAGGAAGAGAUCUAACAACCCCUCUUUGACAGUCCUCCAUGGAGCUAAACAAGUUCUCUUGAUGGUUCUAAGUCACUAUCUCUAUCUGGCCACUGGACCCAGAUGGCUCUGGAGGAGAGAGUGAGGCUGGUGACUUUGCCCAGCCCUCGCUCACUUAAAUCCAAUUCACCUGCAAGUCAUGACAUCACCUUCCUGAUGCCAUGGUCCUCUUUGAGGACAAAGCACAAAGAACAACAAAGUCACUACUCACAUGGUUAUGGAUCUCGGCUGAUCACUGGCCACCUUAGGAAUGGAACAGAUGGCAUUCCUAUGUUAAUGUGUGUGGGAAAGGGAAGAUUGGCUAGAGCUAAUGCUUCACUAUCGUCUUCUAUUGACAGAAACCUGAACUUUUGUGAGACAGACUCAGAGCCCUGUACAAAAGUGAUGACAACACUAGGAAAGGAAAAGAAAAACAACCACGUAAAUAGUGACUAAUGAUUUUGAACAUCAUGAUCAAAUUGUACUAAAGUUUGUUGUACCUUUAAUAAAAUGAAAAUUAUGCAAAUUUUUUAUCUUCACGGAAAAUAUUUGUAUUUUGUCUAGUACAUAAUACAAUACAACACAAUACAUGAAACUGCCAGUAAUCAUGCAGUUCUUCAGCUAUUCUAGGGAGAUUAGAUAUGGUCACAUUUGCACAGGGUAGUAAUUUACGGAAGCAAGCCAGAAAUACUCUACUUUUUGGGGAUAUCUCCUUUAUCAAAACCUGCAAUAAAUUUUAUACUAGAAAAGGCUCCUUAUGAUGAUUGGGGAUUAAAGGAGAAAGUGACCAUUCAUUCAUGAUUGACUUCACAGGAAAAACAUUGUUUCUGGAGGAAUUAGGAGGUACUGUUCCUUUUUCUUUUCAUCUCUAUAUCCUUCCAUUCCUUGUCCCUGCCCCUCAAGUGAAAUCUUAAAAUUGAAUGACUAAUUCAGCAUUGAUCUAGCACCUUGUGAUGCAGCCUUGCUAAUAAAGCUGUGAAUGUCUGUUAUUUGCCAUGAAACUUUAAAAGUGUAUCAAUAUCCAAGCUACACUGAUUACCUCAAGUUCAGUAAAGUUACAAUGCUUGCUGUGCAUCAAUAAAACAGUAAUAUACAAGGUUAAAAAAAAUACAAUAAAACUUGCAUUUUUUUAGAUUCUGCCCUCAAGGAAUUUAUAUUCCUGCAGUCAGUCAAUUAACAUUUAAUUGUAUGCCUACUAUGUGCUCAGCACUAGAGCAAGUACAAGAGAGAUACAAAACAGACACACGUUAAGCUUGGAUGGGAGGACACUAGCCUUUGGAGGAAGCUGGAAAGAUCUCUUGCAGAAGGUGGAGCUUGAGCUAAUUCUGGAAAGAAAUCAGGGAUUCCAAGAGGCAGCAGUGCAGGGGCAGGGCAUUUCAGGCAUGAGGGACAGCCAGUGAAUGGACAAGAAGACAGACUAUUACGUGUGUCAGUAUGGCUGGAGUAAAGAGGGGAAUAAAUGUGUAAGAUGACUCCAGAGAUAGGAAGGGUCAAGUUGUGAAGCGCUCUAUAUGUCCCACACAGGCUUGUCUCUGAUCCUUGGGGUAACAGAGAGUGACCAGGGUUUACUGAGUAGAGGGGUGACAUGAUCAGAUCUGUGCUUUGGGGAAGAUCACUUUGGUGGCUCUGGGGAUGGAUUAGGGCAGGGAAAGACAAAGCAGAGGCACCAAAUAAAUCUGAACAAAUCUAGAACACUGUGCUAUAUUUUGGAAGUCGUAUUUCAGAAAGCUAGAGCUGGUCCACAGGAAG